UGUCAAAGAUAUGUAUGGAUUUAUCAACACCUGUUUGAAAUCGCUGGUUGUUGAAAAGUUUGGCGAGGAGACGUGGGUCAAGCUCAGGGAUGAAGCUGGAGUCCAGGAUACCUUCCUGACAUAUGAAGUCUAUAAGGAUGAAAUCACCAUGCAGUUAGUAGCAGAAGCCUGCAAGCUUCUAGGAGUGAAGCCAGAGGUUGUCCUGAGGCAGUUUGGAGAAUAUUUCUUUGAGUUCUGCAAACGCUCAGGCUAUGAUCACAUGCUGCGGACUCUGGGAGGAAAUUUGUUUGAAUUUACUGAGAAUUUGGAUGCACUUCACAGCUACCUCGCCCUCUCCUACAAGGAAAUGAAUGCACCAUCAUUUCGGGUGGAGAGGAACCCUGAUGGUACCAUGCUUCUCCACUAUUACUCAGACCGCCGAGGACUCUGCCACAUUGUUCCUGGUAUCAUUGGAGCUGUUGCUAAAGAUUUUUUCAACAGUGAGAUCACAAUGGAGAUUGUCAACCAGCUGGAGGAGCUGGAGAGAACUGGGAAGAAGGAGCAUGUGGUUUUCCUGGUGACUCAGUGGCCGGCUGCUCAGUCCAGUGUGGUUAUUAGUGAAACUGAGCCAUUUCCAAGAACCCAAUCCCUCCAGCCUUUAGCUAACCGACGUAAUGCGAUGAUCUGGAUUAAAGAGCCACUUCAUCAAAAGAGAUCCAGUAUCAGUUUGUCCAUGCAAAGGAGUCACUGGGAAACAAUUAGGGGGCUGGUUCACAUUGGGAAAGGCAAAUUGUUGAGGGGUUUUCAGCCGGUGUACCCUACAGCCCUUAACAUUGACCUGAAGACCUUCUGCCAUGCUUUCCCUUUCCAUAUAGUCUUCGAUGAGCAGCUGGUGGUGCACCAGGCAGGGGUGAACCUCCAGAGGAUCGUCCCUGGGCUCCAGACGAUGAGCAUCCAUCUGGACCUUUACUUCAGCAUUGUGCAUCCUGAAGUCACGUUCACCAUCUCCAGCAUCAGGAAGUUCAUCAACAGCCACUUUGUCCUGCAGACACGCAGGGACAUGAUGCCUGAAGUGUGGAAGGACAGGCCCAUGUUGCAGCUCAGAGGUCAGAUGAUCUGGAUGCCCUCUUUGGACUGCAUGCUCUAUCAAGCUUCUCCUCUGCUGAGAAGCCUUCAGGAGUUGGAGGAGAGGGACAUGCACAUAUCUGACAUCGCACCCCAUGACGUCACCCGCGACCUCAUUCUGCUCAAUCAGCAGCGACUGGCUGAAAUAGAGCUGUCCAAUCAGUUGGAGAGGAAGAAAGAGGAGCUCCGCCUCCUGUCUCAGCACCUGGAGGAGGAGAGGAGGAAGACUGAGAACUUGCUGUACGCCAUGCUGCCCAAACAUGUAGCCAACCGGCUGAAGGAGGGCAAGACAGUAGAAGCAGGAGAAUUUAAAGAGUGCACCAUACUGUUCAGUGACGUGGUGACCUUCACAAACAUCUGCUCCACGUGUGAACCCAUCCAAAUUGUCCUUAUGCUCAACUCCAUGUACCUCAGAUUCGACAGGCUCACAACCGUGCACAAUGUUUACAAGGUGGAGACCAUAGGGGACGCCUAUAUGGUGGUAGGUGGGGUGCCCAUACCUGUCUCGAGCCAUGCUGAAAGAGUGGCCAACUUUGCCCUGGGUAUGAUCUUGGCUGCCAGGGAGGUUAUAAACCCUGUGACAGGAGGACCCAUUCAGAUCCGUGUGGGUCUCCACAGUGGUCCUGUCCUGGCAGGUGUAGUUGGGGAGAAGAUGCCUCGCUACUGUCUGUUCGGAGACACAGUCAACACUGCAUCUCGCAUGGAGAGUCACGGCCUCCCUGACAAGAUCCAUUUGAGCCCAACCGUCUACAAGGCUUUGAAGAAUAAAAGCUUUGUUAUCCAGAAGCGAGGGGAGAUCGAGGUAAAGGGGAAGGGCAGAAUGACUACUUACUUUCUUGAAACGAACAUAGGAAUAAGUGAGCAGCAGAUUAUGGGUCUCUCGGACUUAGAGACUGUGGAUGGACAGCAGGACAGCCAGAUGAGCUACCAGCCAGGUCUCCACAGAUCAGCUUUUCAGAGGCAGCGCAGGGAUGACCUUUGCUUGAUCCCUAUGAACUAUGGCGACAGCCUGAAUGAACCUGCACCGUGCUCACAUAUGUCUGAACCCCAAGCCUGCCCAGCCAUCAAGCCCCGGGACUCAGAGAGCUACGGAAGCCUGCACACUGAUGACCAAUCAGAGGGUGGAGCUAUAGACCAGUUAAAAGAUACAGAUGAAUUUGGCCAAACAGAUGUCAAACUAACAGAAAAACACAUGGACGGCUUAGACAGUGACACAGAGGACCAACAGUUGACUGCAGGUGCUGUGGAAACCAACAAUCAAAGCAAACACACCCUAACCAGGUUUUGUGUGGUCCUGUGA